AUGCUUGUAAAACUCUUAUUACUCUUAUCGCUGUGCCACGUGGCCUCCUCCCUCUUCUUCCCUACAGUAACCCCGUCGGGAGGUGGUUGCGGAUGUGGGUGUGGACCUCCACCACCAGUGUGUGGUGGUUGUGGCUGCGGAGGUCGUAAGAAGAGAGAGAUCGGUCAUGUCAAAGGGCACAUGGUGCAUCGGGAUGACCAAGAAUGGAAUAAUCAGUGUAAUAGUCAAGAGUUCUCGGAGGUCAUUUUGAAGCACCUCGAAAUGUCAUCCUUGAAGUCCUCGCGUGAAGCGAUCCACAAAGAACUCGACGCCGCCUAUCCGGAUUCCCUGUUCACUGUAUUUUGUCUCAAGAAUUCGACAGCUUCAUAUCAAGCAGACUCGAGUAGAUACUGUAUGGAGAAGACGAAGGAUCGGAGUUGCUAUGUUUUUGAAUUUUAA